AUGAAUCCUCCAGGCAGUAUACCUGGAGAUCCGCGCACUAGUCUCUUGGUGUCGAACUUACCCUACAAGGUUCGAUGGCAGGACCUGAAGGAUCUCUUUCGCCGUUCUGCUGGCACUGUCCUAAGGGCAGAUGUGUCUCUCACGCCGGAUGGGCGAUCUCGAUGUUUUGGCUCCGUGCUCAUGCGAGAUCCUGAGGAUGCCAGAAGAGCAAAGGAGACAUUCGAUGGCUUCGAGUGGAUGGGCAAGAGAUUGAGUGUGAUGUACGAGGUGCAGUCACAGCCGGCCUUUUAUCCGAACCCACAACAGCAACAGCAGCAGCAGCAACAACAACAAUAUCAACCUCAGCAACAGCAGCAGUAUCAGCCACAACAGCAGUCGCAAUAUGGAGGUGCACCUGAUGCAAGCUACUAUGGACGGACUCUAUUCGUAGGCAAUCUGGCUUAUGCUACUCAAUGGCAGGACUUGAAGGAUCUGUUCCGAGCCGCUGGCAAUAUUAUGAGAGCCGACAUCGCACUGGGAACAGAAGGCCGAUCCCGUGGGUUUGGAACGGUCCUGUUUGGCACGAAGGACGAAGCAGCAAGAGCAGUCAAGAUCUUCCACGGC